GCGCACCCAGAACGCGCGCCUCCGCGGGGCCCGGCCGCAGCUAGCGGGCCUCCCCCGGCCAGGGGCGAGCGGCCACCGCGACCCCCCCCCCCACCGCCCUCCCCGCCUCCCGCCCCUGCGACCCGGGCCCGGGCCGGGCGCGCUCAUGGCGGCCAUCCGCAAGAAGCUGGUGGUGGUGGGCGACGGCGCUUGCGGCAAGACGUGCCUGCUGAUCGUGUUCAGCAAGGACGAGUUCCCCGAGGUGUACGUGCCCACCGUGUUCGAGAACUACGUGGCCGACAUCGAGGUGGACGGCAAGCAGGUGGAGCUGGCGCUGUGGGACACGGCGGGCCAGGAGGACUACGACCGCCUGCGGCCGCUCUCCUACCCGGACACCGACGUGAUCCUCAUGUGCUUCUCGGUGGACAGCCCGGAUUCGCUGGAGAACAUCCCCGAGAAGUGGGUGCCCGAGGUGAAGCACUUCUGCCCCAACGUGCCCAUCAUCCUGGUGGCCAACAAGAAGGACCUGCGCAGCGACGAGCACGUCCGCACGGAGCUGGCGCGCAUGAAGCAGGAGCCGGUGCGCACGGACGACGGGCGCGCCAUGGCGGUGCGCAUCCAGGCCUACGACUACCUCGAGUGCUCGGCCAAGACCAAGGAGGGCGUGCGCGAGGUCUUCGAGACGGCCACCCGCGCCGCGCUGCAGAAGCGCUACGGCUCCCAGAACGGCUGCAUCAACUGCUGCAAGGUGCUAUGAGGGCCGCGCCCGCCCCGCCGGCGCCCCCGCGAGGACCCCGCCGGGACUGCCUUCCGGCCAGGGCGCCCCGGGGACCCGCGCGGGACCAG